AAAUUUGAAACGAAAGUAAGGAUUGAUUAUGUCUCAUUAUGUAUUACAAUGUUCCUUAAAAUUAUCACAGGGCAAUGACAGAGUUCUUGAGGGACAGGCUGCUUACAGAUUGGGACAGGCCUACGAUAAAAUUGGAGAGGGUGAAACUGCUUUAGAGUACUUAAACAACUACUUGGAUACAUGUAAUGCAACCAAGGAUAGUGAUGGUAUUGGUAAAGCAUGUGAUGCCAUCGCCAAAUCCUAUGCAAGGCAAGGCAAACUAGAAAAAAGUAUAGAUUAUCUGAUGAAAUUUGUGGAGGUCACGAAACAGAGCGGGGAGGAGAAAGGCCUCAGUAAAGCUUGUCAUAAUCUGGGAAAUAUAUUUAAUUCUUUGGGUCGGUAUGAAGAAGCCACUGAGUAUUUCAGUAAGGCUUACAACAUAGCCCGAUCCAUGGGAGACUUAGAAUCCAUCAACACAAACAGAGUCCAGUAUGGCAUCUCCAUGGCACACAAGAUGUUGAAGGGACUGAGCGAGCACAUCGUCAUGGGAACCCGACCGGCCCUAGAGAGGCUCUGUGAGUUGAGGGAUGCUAGAACAGACGACUUUAAGAAGCCUUUCCCUGAGCCAAAAGUAGAGGAGCCCCCUGCACCAUCAGCGCCUAAAGAGGAACCUGAAAAGCCUGCCUCUGAAAAAGCGGAGUCAAGCAAGGGAGAGGAAGCAAGCUAAAGGGAGAUCAUUUAGAAUUUUGAAAGUGAAGUAAAAUUUCAAAAAUGAACCAAAAACUUAAGAUCAAUGUGGUUCAAUCCCUAUGUGGGGGGAAAAAGAUCCUGUGAUAUUUUAUUCUUGUUGAUACAUAUAUAUAAUGCUUAGUGCAUUCAUACUUAAUUCCUGUGUAAGAACAUGAUUAUGAUAUGUGCUAGUACACAUGUACAUAUAUGGUAUGAAUCAGAAAUGUCAUGUUACUGAUAUGGGAGUGCCUUAUGUGCUAUAUAUUGAACUUGAUUUGGUACAGGCACAAUCUGUAUUGCAUUCUGUUCUGUAAAUGUCAUUCUAUCUACAUCAUGUUGAUUGUACAUUUUUUGUUUUUUGUAAAAUGUAAAAUGUCAUUGAAUAAAUUCACUUACAUAAAACUUAAAAA